AUGUUUCGGUACAGAGAUCAAUUCUUUGGUACCAUUAAACCACAAGUUAAUUUUGAUCCGGAACAAUGUGCUGAAAUUCUUCAUAAAGCUAUGAAAGGUAUUGGAUGUAAUAGAGAAAAAGUGUUGCAUGUGUUAACAACGAUUAACAAUGACCAACGACAAGUGACAGCCUUGCAAUAUAAAUCGAUGUAUGGAAAAGAUUUGAUGAAUUCGCUGAAAAGUGAACUUCACGGUGAUUUUGAGGACGUUAUUCUGGCGCUAAUGAUGACACCAUCUGAAUACGAUGCUCGAAAAAUACAUCACGCCAUUUUUGGAAUCGGAACUAAAGAGAAAAUAUUGAUCGAAAUAAUAUGUUCGAGGACAAACGAACAAAUUCUUCGAAUUAAGGAAAAAUACGAAGAAGAGUACGGUGAAUCAUUGGAAGACAGCAUAAAAGGUGAUACAAGUGGUCACUUCGAACAUCUUUUGAUUUCUUUGUUGCAGGGGAAUCGAGAUGGAUCAACAAAGAUCGAUUAUCUGAAAGCAAAUCAGGAUGCGCAUGAAUUGGAACAAUCUGGUGAGAAGCGAUGGGGUACGAGUGAGUCAACAUUUAUCAAAAUUUUGGUUACUGAAAAUUUUUCUCAACUACAGCAAGUUUUAAAUGAUUACAAGCAAAUUACUGGUCACGAUAUUGGGGAAGCAAUUAGGAAUGAAUUCAGUGGUGAUAUCAUGGAAGGAUUAUUAGCGUUGGUGAAGAAUAUCCAGAACCAACCUGGAUAUUUUGCUUACGAACUGUAUCAGGCAAUGAAGGGUUUGGGAACAAACGAUAAAGAUCUUAUCCGAAUCAUCGUAUCACGUUCCGAAAUUGAUUUAGCACUAAUUAAGCAACAAUACGAACAAAGCUAUGGUCAAUCGCUGGUUGAUAGCAUCCGCUCCGAAUGUUCUGGCGCAUUUCGUGAUACGCUUAUUGCUCUUGUUCAAGGCAAUUAA